CACUCCUGGAUGCCGCUGCUUUCGCUUCCAGUGCGUGGCGCCGGGAAGGCGAAACUGGGAAGACUCCCAGACUGUCCGCCGACUGAGGUGUACAUACACCCAAAAGGUUGCCUUUUCGCGUUGUGAAAGCGAGAAAAGUCUAGUUUUUGACCAGGCCAAAAGCGGUAUUUACGGGGUCGGAAACGCGGGUCAAGAUCUCUUGUGUUUUUUCCUAGUUUCCUCGAGUCUAAGGCCUGCAUAGAUGAACUCCUUUCCUGGCGGCCGGCCGUCCCCCCUGUCGAAAGCCACGGUCGGCCGUUUGCUUGCUCGAUGUACGUCGAGGAACAGCCCCCUCUGUUUGUCGCGAAGCCUCAACUCUCUCUCUCUCGUGUUUCUCCCGCUCUUCCGAAGCCUGCUUUGCGCGGUCUCCUUUCCUGUCGCUCCACCUGCUUCGUUUUUCCUCUUCGUCUCUACUUUCUGCGUAGCUGCCUGUCGGUGUUUCCUCUCUUCCUCGGCACUCGGUUCGAGUUCCACCCUGUAGGACGAAGAGUCAGCAGUCCUUCACUGGAGAACGGGUCUCUCCUCGUCCCUUUCUCUCUGCAUUCUCCUCCAGAGGUCUUGGUCUCUCUCAUCUUGGUCGCCUCCCCUCUCCUCAGUCUGCCGCUUGUCUUCGGCCGGUGAGGUCUCGUUCUCUCUCCGUUCGAGCGUUUCCACCAUGUGGUUGACGCGCGUCGUUGCUCACGUCCUCAGAGAUGACUCUGUCACCCCGACGAACAGGGCGUCGGAUUCGGCUGCAGAGUCUUCGACUUUCCCGGCUGCUGGCUUGUCUUCUCAACAGCCGAAGGCUGCGGGCACCACCCUUCCCUGUCCUCUUCUGCCUCCCUCCUCGCUCUCGUCUUCUCCUCUUCCUUGUUUUUCGCGGCCUUCGGCUGCCGCCGCAAACGCCCGACCUUCUGUCCAGACACUCGGGGGAGGACAAGGACAUGUGGACCAGAUAGCGGAGCGGCGAGAAGAGGAAACGAGAUGGAGAGAGGAGAACGAUGGCGGACGAGCCUGGUCGGUCGACGACUUUGAGGUUGAUGAGAGUCCCUGCACUCGACUGGAAGGACAUACGGACUUUGUGCCCUUCUCUCCUCAGAGACAAGACGAAAGCCAAGCUGCACCUGAACGCGUUCCAUCUCCCUCUGCGUCUCUUCCACCUUCUUCUUCUCCUCUCCCUUCUUCUUCUCUUCUCCCUUCUUCUUCUCCUCUCCCUUCUUCUUCUUCCGUCCCCGCAGCCUCUGCGUCUCUUCCACCUUCGUUUGCUGCUCUUCCCUGUCCUUCUGUUCCUGCUUCAGCUUCUUCAGUUCAGACGAGUUCUGCGGCGGCACUGUGGGGUUGGGAGGAUGAAGACUUUGAGAUUCCGGGAGAAGAAGAUCGCAGAGCCGAGGGCGCUCUCAGGCCACUGAAGGAGACACCUUCUCCGGCUUCCACGCUGCCCCUCGCGGGGACAGAAGGCCUGGCGGGGGCCUCACGCCCGCGAGCGGACUGCGCGUUUCUCGGCAAGUCGUUGUCUGGAGAGUCUGUUGGCCUUUCUCCGGUUUCUCUGGAUGAAGCCAGAAAGUUCAACUCAGACAGCUCAGACGAACUGCGAGUGCACCGGAACGAACUGGAAGAAGAGACAGGAAGAGAUCCACCUCUUCGCGGAGCCGCAUCUCCAGGAGGAGGGCCUCCCGUUUCCUCUUUCAAGCAAGAAGAGAAGGAGCGCGACUCUGCAUGGAGUGCAGAUUUCGAUUUCGACCUUGACGGUGCUAAUACGCCGGAAGGACAUAUCGACGGGCGUUCGUCUCCUCUGCAUGUGGAGAAUGCAAAUGUUAACUCUUCGACGCCUCUUGUGACUUCUCCCCCGUCUCCUUCUGCUCAACCGCCUCCUUUCGCUGCCGCAUCGGUUCUUCCCUUUUGUCCGCCUCCAGUCAUCCCUUCGUCUGUGUCUCCCUCUGCUCCCUCUUCUUUGUCUCGCUCUCUUCCUUCUUCUUUCCCUUCUUCUUUCCCUUCUCCUUCUUUUCCUUCUUCUUCUUUUCCUUCUUCUUCUGUUCCGUCUUUUUCUCUGUCUCCGUCUGUUCUUCCUUCUGUGAAUCCGCAGCCGUCUGCUUCUGUCUCUACGGUGGACUUGGGGUCUGGCUGGCACGGGGAUUUCGAGUUUGAAGAUUCUGCGCCCGGCGAGGCUCUGGCAGGCGCAGGCGAAGAAGCGAGAGAGAACAGAGUCGCCAACUGGAACGGCGACACCGCUGUGGAUGCACCCGAGGACGGCGGCCUUAUGCCGGCAGAGGACAGUGCAGACGUGCCUGGCGCCGAGCGCGUUGGGGACAGACUUGCGCAGAGUGCGCCUCUUUCUUUGUCGGAGUCGUUUGAGAAGAAGGAGAAGCUUUUCUCGUUUUCGAAUUCUCCUGAAGGCGCCAGUCUGGACACCAUAUUGGCUCCUGCCUCUCUUCAGCCAGUGAACUCCGAGAGAGGACGUUCCACGCGAGAAGAGAGAGGCGAAAGAACCGAAGCAGGACCAGGCGUUGAUAUGAACGGAAUGAUAAAAAACGUGACGUCUCCGUCUCCCUCAGUCGCACUGUCUUCCGACAUCUCUCCUUCCUGGAACGUUGAUUUCGACAUCGAGGCGACGGAUGUUCAAGCGGUCCAACAGUCUCCUUCAGAAGACCGAGAGAACGAGGGAGAGGAGGGAGGGAAAAGGAGAGUGGAAGACGACAGACGUUCUGCGCGUCCUCAGGCCGAGGCUGUUCAAGGACCUAGUGCCUGGAACGAUGAUUUCGACAUCGAGGCGACGGGCGUUCAAGCGGUGCAACAGUCUCCUUCAGAAGACCGAGAGAACGAGGGAGAGGAGGGAAGGAAAAGGAGAGUGGACGACGACAGACGUUCUGCGCGUCCUCAGGCCGAGGUUGUUCAAGGACCUAGUGCCUGGAACGAUGAUUUCGACAUCGAGGCGACGGGCGUUCAAGCGGUGCAACAGUCUCCUUCAGAAGACCGAGAAGACGAGGGAGAGGAGGGAAGGAAAAGGAGAGUGGACGACGACAGACGUUCUGCGCGUCCUCAGGCCGAGGCUGUUCAAGGACCUAGUGCCUGGAACGAUGAUUUCGACAUCGAGGCGACGGGCGUUCAAGCGGUGCAACAGUCUCCUUCAGAAGGCCGAGAAGACGAGGGAGAGGAGGGAGGGAAAAGGAGAGUGGACGACGACAGACGUUCUGCGCGUCCUCAGGCCGAGGCUGUUCAAGGACCUAGUGCCUGGAACGAUGAUUUCGACAUCGAGGCGACGGGCGUUCAAGCGGUGCAACAGUCUCCUUCAGAAGGCCGAGAAGACGAGGGAGAGGAGGGAAGGAAAAGGAGAGUGGAAGACGACAGACGUUCUGCGCGUCCUCAGGCCGAGGCUGUUCAAGGACCUAGUGCCUGGAACGAUGAUUUCGACAUCGAGGCGACGGGCGUUCAAGCGGUGCAACAGUCUCCUUCAGAAGACCGAGAAGACGAGGGAGAGGAGGGAGGGAAAAGGAGAGUGGACGACGACAGACGUUCUGCGCGUCCUCAGGCCGAGGCUGUUCAAGGACCUAGUGCCUGGAACGAUGAUUUCGACAUCGAGGCGACGGGCGUUCAAGCGGUGCAACAGUCUCCUUCAGAAGGCCGAGAAGACGAGGGAGAGGAGGGAGGGGAAAGGAGAGUGGACGACGACAGACGUUCUGCGCGUCCUCAGGCCGAGGCUGUUCAAGGACCUAGUGCCUGGAACGAUGAUUUCGACAUCGAGGCGACGGGCGUUCAAGCGGUGCAACAGUCUCCUUCAGAAGGCCGAGAAGACGAGGGAGAGGAGGGAGGGAAAAGGAGAGUGGAAGACGACAGACGUUCUGCGCGUCCUCAGGCCGAGGCUGUUCAAGGACCUAGUGUCUGGAACGAUGAUUUCGACAUCGAGGCGACGGGCGUUCAAGCGGUACACCAGUCUCCUUCAGCAGACCGAGAAGAAGGAGAGGGAGGAGGAGAGAAGCGGGAUGGAGUCGAUGGACUGGAGGACGGCGUUGGAGAGAGGCAAAGAGAAGAAGGAAGGGAUGAAGAAGACGAGAAGAGAAUCGCUUUGGACGGCCGUUUUGUCUCUGUCUUCGCGGGUGUCUCUCCUGAGUGGGACGUCGACUUUGAUAUGUCGGAUUCUGAGGAGCAACGCAAAGAGACAACAGACGUUGGCGAAGAAAAGGUGGAUGCAGGGCCCCCAGAAAACAGAGCGGAAGGUAUGCAAGGCUGUUCAGAGAGAGGGGGAAGCUUUUCGGCAAGAGACAACCAAGAACGCACAGAAGAUCACACUGUUUCCUUCGGCCGCAGAGGCAUCGCCGCGAGCCUUCCGAUCAGUGGGGACCAGUUCUCUUGUCUUCAACGAGGAGCGGGAGGAGACAAGGAGACAGCAACCGAGAGAGAAGAGAGGAACAGAGAAGAUGCGCCCUCCUUUCUUGAAGGAGGACUCGGAGAUGACGAGACAGAGAGAGCGAAGCAAGCGAGUGAGUUGCCCGCGUCUCUUUGCUCUUUCGCCGCAGCACGCAGGGACGCGAGCCGCGCAGAGAAGACAGGCGCAAAGGGGGAGGAAGCCAGAGAGAAAGAAGUCAGUUUCGGUGAAGACAGUGGGCUAUCCAGACAGGCGGACAUGGACAGUUCGCAGGAAUCCGUCAACGAAGGAGAGCCGCUACACGACAGAGCCGCAGGGGAGGACGCAGAAGGCGGGGGAGCGGAGGCGAUCGACGGAGACAGAGAGGGAGACGAGAAGGAGACUCGAGACGUCGAGGACGAAGGAGAGACGCGUCGUUCUUCCUCUUUCGCUGAACAAACUGGAAAUGAAAGAACCGAGAUGAGAACCAGACAUGGGGGUGACGAGGGCUGGACCUCGAAGUCGAAUCGGUUCGCUUUUGCCUGCCCUCGGUUUUCCAAAUCUGAUGUCUGCUGUUCUCCCCAGGCUCGGCUAUCUUUGCCUGAACAGUCCCUAGGCUCCUCUCCGUCGUCGCCCAUUUCUGUCACAAAUGAUGUCUAUGCUCUCUUCGAUUCGUCUGCAUCUCCUCUGCAUGCGGGAGAGUUAUCUUCUCUUCCCGGCGCGGUCUGGGCCUCAGAGCGCCUAUUGACUGCUCCGGCAGAAACAGGUCCCUCGGCCUCCUCAGCCUGCCUCUCCGUUUCUUCUUGUGGUCCAGGCGAAAUGUCUCCGACAGCGGGUACGAUGAGACACGACGCGGAAGAGAGAGAACGCAGGAGAGUGGAGGAAGAGAAGGAGAGAGAGAGACAGGAAGAAGAAGAGAGAGAACGCAGGAGAGUGGAGGAAGAGAAGGCGAGAGAGAGACAGGAAGAAGAAGAGAGAGAACGCAGGAGAGUGGAGGAAGAGAAGGAGAGAGAGAGACAGGAAGAAGAAGAGAGAGAACGCAGGAGGGUGGAGGAAGAGAAGGCGAGACAGAGAGAGGAAGAAGAAGAGAGAGAACGCAGGAGAGUGGAGGAAGAGAAGGAGAGAGAGAGACAGGAAGAAGAAGAGAGAGAACGCAGGAGAGUGGAGGAAGAGAAGGAGCGAGAGAGACAGGAAGAAGAAGAGAGAGAACGCAGGAGAGUGGAGGAAGAGAAGGCGAGACAGAGAGAGGAAGAAGAAGAGAGAGAACGCAGGAGAGUGGAGGAAGAGAAGGAGAGAGAGAGACAGGAAGAAGAAGAGAGAGAACGCAGGAGAGUGGAGGAAGAGAAGGCGAGACAGAGAGAGGAAGAAGAAGAGAGAGAACGCAGGAGAGUGGAGGAAGAGAAGGCGAGACAGAGAGAGGAAGAAGAAGAGAGAGAACGCAGGAGAGUGGAGGAAGAGAAGGCGAGACAGAGACAGGAAGAAGAAGGGAGAGAAAGACAAAGACGAGAGGAGAGAGAAGAGAGAGAGAGAGAAUUUCAACAGCGCGAGGCGGAGCUGAAGACACGGCUAGUAGAGCUUCAGAGAGAGCACGCAGAAUCUGUUGAAACGUGGAUGAAGGAGCAAGGAGAACGAGAAAGGCACUUGACUCAGGAUUGGGAGAGGAAAUUGCAUGCGUUUGAAGAGCAGAGUCGGACUGUGUUGCUCCAAGAGAGAUCUCGUCACAAGCAGCUGGAGGAGGAAAAUGCAGAGCUGAAAAUGAGAAUUUCCCAGCUGUCGCGCAAUUUCGCGUCUCUCCGCGAGCAGCUUGUGGCCUCAGAAAAAGAACGCGAAAUGCAGAGACGCGAGGAAGAAGAGAAGAAGGCUGGCGAGGAGAGAGACAGGCAGAAGAGGGAGGAGACUCGGAAAGAGAAAGAAGCGUUCCUGCUUCUUGUAGAGCGCGACAGAGAAGAGCUGAAGAAGUUCGUCGUUCCUGCUCUCUCGGAGCUGCAAGAAGACUUCGAAAUGUGGAGGCAGCAAUUGGAAGAAAAAGUCACAGAGACAGCGGAGAGGCGGAGAAGAGCAGCAGAGGAACACGCGCGUCUGGAGGGAGCGUUGUUGCAUGCAGAGGAAGAACUCGCCCGGGAGAGAAGAGAACACAAGGACCAGAUCGUCCGCAUGUCCAGGGAAAAAGAAGACGAGCUGCAGCGAGAGCGCGCCGAGCGCAGGCGCCUCGCGAGGGAGCUGCAGACGAUUCUGCGCAUGCAACGCCAAUCGGAGAGGAGUGAAGAGGAAGAAGCUGCUGAGAUGGGGCAGAGCAGCGAGGCAAUCGAAGCGAGGUAUUUUGCGGCGGAACUGCAGAGGUGCAGAUCUUCGAUGGAAGUUUGGCAUGCCGACAAGGCAGAACUUGUUCGUCGUCACGAGGAGCGCGAGAGACGAUUGGCGGAAGAAAUCCAGUCUCUGGCGGCGGCUGGCGCGGAGGAACGCGCGAAUUGCGAUAAACUGUUGAACGCAAACAGAGCCUUGGCACAAGAGCUGCAUGCAGUGCGGAGAGAAAUGGAGAAAGUCGAAGCCACACGCGAGGAGGUGGAAUCAAAGGGAGCUCUCGAGGACGAACGGCAGCGCGAACGCCUGAAGCAGCAAAUCUUCGAGUUGCAGUGUGACCUUCAGCAGCGGGAGAAAGAAAAUGAACAUCUUCGCAUGCAGUUGCGUCUCCUUGAAGAGGAGCCGGUCACUUCUCCCCUUCCUGUCUCGGUUGUUUCUCGCCAGCCGCAGCCUCGCGAACCGCAGACGUCGCCUCAAGCUUUUCUUGGGGCGCUUUCGGGACCUCCGAAACCCACCCCACACUUGUCUACGGCCCCUGUCUCUUCCCGUGACUCCUCGCCUAUCUCCUUGGCGCCGGCAGGAAGUUCCCGUUCGGGUGUCACGGGCGAGUCCCUGCAUGACCCGCAACAGAGAGAACAAACGCCCUUCGAUCCUGCUCUGUCUCCGCCUCAACAAGAAAUAUCACCGCAGGAGACCCCUCAGAGGGCCAAGGAGUCGUGGACCCCAGGCGGUCCCUCCAGCCGGAGAGCCUUCCCUGGUGCAUCGUUCGAUCGCCUCGAAACCCCCCAAGAAGCUAGGAGGGCGGCAGCGGAGAGAGAGGAAGAAGCGCGAAAAACGCCAAGAGAAGAGGCUCUGGGCCCCGCGGCUUCCGCCGUGAGUGUCGCCUCUGCAGCUGCCGCAGUCGCAACGUCGUUCGCGCGCUCGGCCUUCACCGGCGCCUUCUUUGGGCGAGAGUCCACGAGCCUGGAAGAUCUGCAGAAGCACUUGAAGAUGCAAAGAGAGAACGAAGAGCGGGCGAGGAGCGAAAGAGAACAAAGAGAACGAGAAGAAAGAGAACAACGCAGAGGUGAUUCUCAAGGAGCAGUGAGAAGAGAAACAGUAAAAACGGGAUGGGAGGAAGACUUUGACUUCGACGAGAUCGAAGAUUCCGUUGCCAGAGAGGAAGUCGAAGUCAUUUCUGCUGCCCCCCAGUGGAGCCCAAAGGCGGGGGCGGAGGCCCUUUCGCGCCGUCCUCCAGUGUCUCUCCAAACUCCAGUUGUCUGUGUAGGUGAUGGAGAGUCACAUUUGCAGCCGUCUUCGUCGCUUUCUUCUUCCAGCCAGAACUCACUCGCCGUGCAAGCGUCCUCUGUCCGUCACAAUAUGCUUCGUCCUCCGGAACAGAGAGGAGAGACAAGCGACCGGGUGCACGGGCGCAUUCAGGGCCAACCGGGGAAGCGUUUGUCGACCCCGGAGACCCCGGGAGGGUGGGGCAAGGAUGGAGAUUUCGAUUUCUUCGAGGACGAGUCUCCCCCAACAAAAGAAGGAGUGACGUCGAGUCUCAAACAACUCUCAGGGACCUCUUCUUCGCUUCGUGCCUCUCUGCCUCAAAACCGUGAAGGUCAGUCCCUGUCUCCGUCUCUGGACCCCUCUGCUGUGCGCUGUGGGGGGGCCCUGGCGCCUGGUAGCCCCCCGAGGAUCCCGUUGGCCGCAUCCGCCUCUCCGAUAUCGUCUUCUGGGUGUCUACCUUCUUCCUUGGAGCCUCAGCGGUGCCAGGAACAGCGAUAUGAGAGCGGGAUCCAGAUUUCCGCUGGACAGGACCCUCUGUUUGCAUGCAGCGUGGGUGUGAGCGCGGACGCGCAGUCCCCAGUGGAAGUGAAAUGCGAACAUGAAAGGCGAGAGACUUUCUUUUUUCAAGAGACGAGUCGGGCGCCCCUCUCUCCGGAGCUUCCGUCUCGCGCGAGCCGAGAGGAAACGCCGUGUCUCCACCCCACAGAGCUGCUCACUUCCCAAGCAUACAGCUCGGGCCGGGCGGUUCCGGCCCCGCAGGUGUCUAUGCACCUCGCCGCGGGAGGCGUCCACGGGGGAGCUCUUCCUCCAGCUUCAGCUCCUGCGCGUGAGCAAACGUGUGGUCGAGUUCGAGGUUGUCCCGGUGAAGGUAGCGCCGGCGUAUCGCUGAGAGGAGAGAGCGACAGAGCGCAUGCAGUUCCCGGUGUGCAGCGGGAGCCUGCGGAUAUGCCAAAUUCCUCUCGCUCUCAAUUGCCUCCUGCGACCUUACAGGCAAAGUCGAUGACGGGGACUGAAUUGCAUGCAAAGGAACUCGAUUUGACGGCGUUUGGCUCUCGGCAGCCGCGACGGCUGGUGAUCGCAGGUCCGGGGGUCGCCCGUGGGGUCCUUGACCCGCCGCGGAGCCGACAGGAAGCAGUCCAGGAUAUCGACUUGGAAGAUUUUCUCAACAGCUGAGAUCUGAGCAAGGAGGAAACGCGGGACAGAGUCGGUUUCAUAAAUCAAGGUUUAGCCGGAAAGGUCGUGUCUACCAAAUAUAACUGAGCACGCAUUCGGUGAUCCUGGCGGUUGUAGGAGUGUCACGAUGAGAGCUCUGCUGCUGGAGAUGUCGACAGGCGAGAGUGACAAAUGUACUUGCCAUUGCAACUAAGAAAAAGAAAUUAUAAGAUUCGUUGUUCUUCACAGUGCUCCACAAUCGUGUCUGCGCUGUAGCGAUUUCGAUGCGGCUCUCAGCGUAUACCUGAAUGUGGAGUCUUCUCAAGUGUCGCACACGUAGCAAAACCGACAUAUAUAUAUAUAUAUGUAUAUAUGUAUAUAUAUAUAUAUGCAGACUUGCCGACACUGUCUCUUUCCAUUUAUUAACGACGGGAGACCAAGCGCCAUGCGCCAAAUGGCGGCCGCGUUCAAAGUGCGAAACUAAAUUUGUGAUGGCAUUCUUCAUGAACGUCCACACACACCUCCAUCUGUACGCCUAUCGUUAAAUGGGUGUCUUCUUCGACUUGUUGGUAUGUAUAUAUGUAUAUAAUAUAUAUAUAUAUAUAUUUAUUUAUAGAUGAAUGUAGAAGCUUGCAUCCUUUGACGUACGUCCUUUGAGUACUUACGUCGCAUUUAUCAGUCUUGGGUCCAUCAGUUGUGUCCCUGACUGUGAGCAGUGGAGGCCUCGAUAUUCUGCAGUUCCGUAUCUCACUUGCACGUCAUCGUGUUUUUCUGUUCCUUGAGACCGAACAAGCAGGCUGUCUGCCGCUGUAAAGUCACUACUUCCGAAUGUUUCCGCGGGCAGUGGUCUGGUGGAGUCGAAGGUCCAGCAUGUAAUCCUUGAAACAUUCUGCUAAAUUUUCGUUCAUCUGAGUGCUAUGGAAAGCGAAGCC